UGGUUUCAGGUCUGUGGUUGCCACUAUGGUACAUUUUCUGUACGGGAAAGGCUUGAAUAAUCUACAUGAUUUUCAAUAACUGACAGAUGUUCAGUUGUCAAAAAACAUGUCGUCUCCGGCGCCUAAAUCACCGGAGCAAUCUGAAAAGAGCAAGAAAUAUGAUAGACAGCUCAGACUUUGGGGAGACAAUGGACAAUCUGCAUUGGAGUCAGCACAAGUAUGUCUUAUCAACGCGACUGGUAUAGGCACGGAAAUCUUAAAGUCACUUGUGUUACCAGGAAUUGGGGCCUUCACAGUUGUUGAUGGGAAGAAAGUUACAGAGGAAGAUAUUGGAUGCAAUUUCUUCUUGGAUACAGAAAGCUGUGGCAAGUCUAGAGCUCAAGUUGCUACUCGGUUACUUUUGGAAUUGAACCCUGAUGUUCGAGGUGACUAUGUGGAUGAGAACAUAGACCAGUUGCUGGAAAACAACCCUGACUUCUUCAACAACUUCUCAGUUGUCAUUGGAACAUCACUGACUGAAAGAACUUUGGUUCCUCUUUCCAAGAAGUUGUGGGAUCUGGAAAUCCCAUUCAUUGUGUGUCGCAGUUAUGGCUUCAUUGGUUACAUCAGAGUGCAGGUGGUAGAGCAUACAAUAAUUGAAACUCAUCCGGAUGAUCAGAUACCUGACUUGCGUCUUGAUAAACCAUUUCCAAGUCUCAAGAAGUAUGUUAACUCCAUAGACCUGGAAGCAAUGGAGUACAAGGAUCAUGCUCAUGUACCAAACCUCAUAAUUCUCUAUAAAUAUUUGCAGCAGUGGAAAGUUGAACAUGAUGGGCAGCUUCCGAAAAAUUACAAAGAAAAGGAAGUUUUCAGAUCCAUGAUUCGAAAGGGUAUAUAUGUUGAUGAACAUGGAAAUCCAGAAGCUGAAGAAAAUUUUGAAGAAGCAAUAAAAGCAGUUACCAGUAGUGUAAAAUCAACAUUGGUACCAUCACAUGUGAGGGAUAUUCUGGAGGAUGACAACUGUAUCAAUCUAACAUCUAAGAGCAAGCCCUUCUGGAUAUUGGCAAAAGCAGUGCGAGACUUUGUGGAAAAUGAAGGUGACGGGUGUUUGCCACUCCGAGGCUCUAUUCCUGAUAUGACUGCUGAAACAGAAAAGUACAUUGCACUGCAGCAAGUGUACCAUAACCAAGCAGCAAAGGACUCUGAGGUUGUGUUCAGGUGUGUACAGCAACUGCUGCACCAGCUGAACCAACCCCCUGACACCAUCACAGAGAAGGAUGUGAAGCUGUUCUGCAAACAUGCCAGUAGCCUGCAUCUCGUUAGGGGCACAUCUAUCGCAGAUGAAUAUGACCCAAAAACAUCCAACGCUCAAAGUAUUGCUGGAAACUUGGAGAACCCCGAGAGCACAAUGGUAUAUUAUGUUAUGCUUCGUGGAGUGGACAGAUUUUACUCCGAAUAUAAUACGUAUCCUGGAGAGUUUGACGACCAGGUGGAACCUGACAUCAUGAAGCUGAAGGCCUGUAUCUCUAAACUGUUGAGUGAAUGGAGUUGUGGGCCCCUGGCAAAAGAUGACUAUGUCCAUGAAAUUUGUCGUUACGGCGGGGCAGAACUGCAUUCUGUAUCGUCAUUCAUAGGAGGCUGUGCAGCACAAGAAACCAUAAAAUUCAUCACAGGCCAGUACAAGCCAGUUAACAACACAUUAAUCUAUGAUGCUAUUACUUCAAACGUUGCAACUUUUGUCUUUUAAAUAAUAGAUCUAUCUUUUCAAAGUUAUAUCAACAGAUUUCAUGCCAUCUGUACAUGGGAUAUUGUAUUCCAUAUCUUUACAGUUUAGAUAUUUGACUGCUGUAUUACUGAUAUAUAAUAAAAUGUAUGACAA